UUCUCGCGCCGCCAGUGGUCGUCGCUCCUGCUCUCACACUCGUUGCUCUUCAUCUCUCUGUCAUCGGGGAGAGAAAGAGGGGGAGUUCGCUGUUUCUUUCUCCCUGCCCCAGACCCUCCUCCUCCUCCUCCGGCAGCCUGUCCAUCUCAGCGCAUCAGCGGUGAGUUUAUGGGGAGAGUGGCCGCUCCCUGCAGCGGCCCCGGCAGGAUCGUGUCCUUUCUCACCGCAGUUCCGUGCUUAUCCUGUAAACAGCAGCAGCAGCGGCGGCGGCGGCGGGAGCGGGAGCGACAUCAUCAGUCUGCGGCAGUGGACUGGGGCAGAAGGAUGAGCGAGCAGGGCAAGAGUGCCGCGUCCACGCCAGCGAGCGGGACACCAGCUCCGGGCUCCGACACGUACAAAGGCUGGCUCUUUAAAUGGACUAACUACAUUAAAGGUUACCAGCGCAGAUGGUUCGUGCUCAGCAAUGGACUGCUGUCCUAUUACAGGACGCAGGCGGAGAUGGCCCAUACGUGUCGUGGCACCAUCAACCUGGCCACAGCGCACAUCGACACCGAAGACGCCUGCAAUAUUGUUCUGAGCAGCGGGGGGCGCACUUACCAUCUGAAAGCCAGCACAGAGGUGGAGAGGCAGAGAUGGGUCACAGCACUGGAGCUAGCCAAGGCCAAGGCCAUCCGAAUGAUGAACGAUCAGUCCGAUGACUCGGCGGACGAGGAGCCCACGUCUCAGUCAGACCACAGUGAGAUCCAGGGCACUCUCAAGACUCUGGCCAGUAAGUUGGAUGACUUGAGCACAUGCAAUGACCUGAUAGCCAAGCAUGGGGCGGCGCUGCAGCGGUCUCUAAGUGAGCUUGAGACCUUACGUGUGCCUCUGGAGGGAGGAGAGAAAAUCAAGGCUGUCAAUGAGAGAGCCACCCUCUUUCGCAUCACCUCCAAUGCUAUGAUCAAUGCGUGCCGAGAUUUCUUGGACCUGGCAGAGAGCCACAGCCGCAGAUGGCAGCGAGUACUUCAGCAUGAGCGAGAGCAACGCACCCACCUGGAGGAGACCAUCGAGCAGCUAGCCAAGCAGCACAACAGCCUGGAACGAGCCUGGAGAGAGGCUCCUACACACGCCGUCAACACGCCCGAUACACCCACCACUGACACGGGAGUGAGUGAAAGGCCCCGGAAAGAGGAAGCGAGUGAUGAAGAUGAGGAUACAGAGUAUUUUGAUGCCAUGGAGGACUCCCCUGCCUUUAUAACAGUGACUGCCACGGACCCCUCUCAACACAGGCGUUCUCAGAGUAAUCUCAGUGGUGCUAGCGGAGGACAGCCCAGUGACUGGAACCAGGAAGACAAUUGUUCUGUGAGCAGUAAUGAUUUUUCAGGGAAAGAGUUGCAGCCUCAUAGGAAGAGGCGGACCCAGAUCCCAGAGAAGCCCAACUAUUCACUCAAUCUGUGGAGCAUCAUGAAGAAUUGCAUUGGCAAAGAGCUCUCUAAGAUCCCAAUGCCUGUGAACUUCAACGAGCCCCUAUCCAUGCUGCAGCGCUUGACAGAGGAUCUGGAGUACUACGAGCUGCUGGAUAAGGCGGCGCGCUGUGAGAACUCUCUGGAGCAGAUGUGUCUGGUCGCAGCCUUCUCCGUCUCCUCGUACUCCACCACAGUGCAUCGGACGGCCAAGCCCUUCAACCCUCUGCUGGGAGAGACCUAUGAACUGGACCGCCUAGAAGAAUUUGGCUACCGUUCCCUCUGUGAACAGGUCAGUCAUCAUCCGCCGGCAGCCGCUCAUCAUGUGAUGUCACAGCGAGGCUGGACCCUGUGGCAGGAAAUCACCAUCGCUAGCAAAUUCCGUGGCAAAUACCUCUCCAUCAUGCCUCUGGGUGCGAUCCACCUGCAGUUUCACGCGAGUGGAAACCACUAUGUGUGGCGUAAAGUCACCUCCACCGUUCACAACAUCAUCGUUGGCAAACUGUGGAUUGAUCAGUCAGGAGAUAUUGAUAUAGUCAACCACAGGACCAAAGAGACCUGUCAGCUCAAGUUCUCUCCCUACAGUUACUUUUCAAGAGAAGUCCCACGAAAGGUCACAGGGGUGGUGAUGGAUAGUGAUGGCCAGGCCCACUACAUCCUGUCAGGCACAUGGGACGAUAAGAUGGAGAGUGCCAAGAUCGUGCAGAGUAGCAGAGGAAGCAGCAGCUCUGAGGGCAAACAGAAGACGGUCUAUCAGACUCUCACACCCAAACUGCUGUGGAAGAAAUACCCUCUACCAGAGAAUGCUGAGAACAUGUACCAUUUCUCCUCUCUGGCUUUGACCCUGAACGAGGAAGAGGAGGGUGUGUGUUUGACGGACAGCAGGCUGAGGCCGGACCAGCGGCUGAUGGAAGCGGGACGCUGGGACGAGGCCAACGCAGAGAAACAGAGACUAGAGGAGAAGCAGAGAGCUACGAGGAGGAGGAGAGAAGCUGAGGCCUCUGAGGCCAUAGAUGAAGGACGAGACUUUGAGGGCUACAGGCCACUGUGGUUCCACCAGAGGACGGAUGAAUUGACAGGAGAGACUAUCUACGUUUAUAAGGGGGGUUACUGGGAGGCCAAAGAAAGACAGAACUGGAAUAUGUGUCCUGAGAUUUUCUGAACACACAAAACAUUUGACUGACUCUGCACAAAGACAAAAGAGGAAUAAACCCUCUACAUGGACUCAUCAGGGCCUUUGGACUGCAGAGGUAGUGGAGACAGGUCGUCAACACCUGUGUGUGUGUGUGUGUGAGUGUGUGUGUUAAGUGUGAGUGUGUGUUUGCGGCCCAAUGACAUAUAUUUGCCCGACUUAUAAACAGACUCUAAAAUGGGAGAAUGGGAAAAUGUUCUCUCUGAUGUUCACCUCAAAGACGAGUGUGUGAGAGCAAUGCGCAGUUGAACUCUUCUAGCCAAGUGCCGCCCCAGUUUAUCUUCCAAAGCAAAUCAGGUUCUUUUUAUUCAGAACAACCCUAUCACAAAUGCACUUUCCUCUCUUCCUAACAUCUCUUACAGUGAACUACAAGGCACCGAGUCUUGUUUAUGAGUUCAUAUCAAUGACACUCCUCCCCCUCCUCUGCUGGCCAGGACAAAACAUGAAGAAACUUGCAUAUGAAGGAGAGGAGAAUCAACACAACGCAGCUGCAGCAUUUAUGUGAAUUAUCUGAAUGUUCAGCUUGUGUACUACUUUACAUUUCUUAUCAACAAUACCAUAUUUGGGCAAAGGAAGUUCUUGUAUUUACAUAUCCCAGAGAAUUACAAGAGCCUGAUUGGGCUCUUUUAUUGAACAUUUAGCUAAAGACUUUCUUCCUGGCUCCGCCCACUUUACAUAGCUAAUGACAGAUAAGCUUCAUGUCAUGUCAGUUAGCCAAUGAGCUUCAGACAAGCAUUAAAAGAGCCCUUGAUUCUGUUGUAUUGGGCAGUGCAGGUAUUCUGACACAAAAGUUUUACAUCCAUGAAUUGUCAUGCACAUUAAUUAGCUGCUUCCUGCAUUGGUUCGGUGGAGCCCCCAGUGGUCAUUUUAAUGUUACUGUGACUGCCACAGUACAAUGCAUAGCAAUGCAAUUAAUUAUUAUUAUUUUUUUUUUUUUGUACAAUCAGGAUACUUAAUGAAUGAAUGAACAAUCAACCAAUAAAAGUAAACAAGUCACCAUGCUUGACUUUCUCAGAGGAUAUAGCAAACAAUUAUCCAUCCACAGCACAAAGUGUGAUACUGAAAACACAAGCAAAGUGCUGGCUUGUUUUGUGUUUAUAAUAUGCUUGUGUUUAUUAGCAGUAGAGAUUUGAUUUAAAACAUGCCCAAGUGUUCCUGAAGAAGGGGAUUGCUGUAUUUCACAUUGCAAUGUGGUGAUAGAGAAGGGAAGCGCGUUGUAUAUUAUCAUCUUUUUGAACUGGUAAUUUCAGUAUCCCUGUAACACAAUUAAAUUUCUUAUUGAGGUUAUAAAUCAUCAUUAGGACUCAGGAGUGACAAAUUUCAGUUUUGCAGAUAUUUCCUUUGCAAAGUUGUAAUAACUUCAGUUAGACUUGCAGAAUAAAAUGCUCAGUAUUUUUUUAAUGUUAAAAAAGUCUUUGAGACCUGACAUCACUGGAGAUAAGGUCUCACUUUAUUUCUGAUUGCUGUCAAGAAUGUAGAAUUAGGCUUCUUUGCACUCACGCCACCGUAUGUAUAUUGUGAUAACCAUAUUAUUAUUAUUACUACUAUACUAUAAUUAUGAAGGAUACAAAAGUAAUGAUGCCAUGCCAUCCUAAUAAAUGCUGUGUUUUGGUAAAAAUUUGAAUUUUAACAGAUGUUUACUCUUUUAAUUUAAAAUUAUCCAGCUAGUCAGAGUUUCAUUUUUGACAAGCUGUCAAUGUAUUUAUUAUAAAUGUUAAUAUUUUCUAUUAAAACACACUGACUUGCAUUCUGGCAGGCACUUUUUAUGUCUGUAUGCAUUUGCUAGGAAUGUUUUGGUAUCAUGCAGAAUGAAUGAAGGGGGAUGUGGUGAGUUUAGACUUAAGCUCAGACAGUGUUUUGGACAGUAAUGGGCCACAAGAGACAUUUUUCAUCACCAGGCUGUUCUGGAGAUUUCUGACUUCUGAACACAGAAAGACAUGUGCAAUGCAGGGUAAAAUCAGCUUAAAUCUUUGUUACAUGAUGUGGUAAUAGUAAGAUUGUACUUUCAGUAUUGGAUGAAUCAUCAACUGGAGAACUACCAAAAAAGUAGACUAGUAGGAUAUUAGACUAGUCCUACUAUUAGGAUGUGCUGAAUGAUAUAUAUAUAAAAAAGUGCUAAAUUACAAGUAAUCAUUUAUGAAUUCAAUAAUUAGGAAUAAAUAAAAGUGAUGUUAAAUUUGUCUUACAAAAAAACAAACUCUCUUCAGUGGUACUGUGAAAAGCUUUUGCUUAGGCAUGUGACGGUAUCAAAUUUAAUAAAUCAUGUUGCGAUAAUUGCUGAAGCUCUUAUCACGGUAUAGGGUAUUGUCACGAUAUUGAAAUAAGCUGCAAAAAAGUGUUGUCAUAUUACAGGUUUAAUAAAGUUUUUUUUCUUAGAACAUUUAAAUACAAUAAAGAAAUACACAAAAAAAAUUUAUAAAGUAAACAAAAGUUUCAAACAGAAAAGUGCAAAAGAAUUAUAAAGAACAAUAGGUAACGCUUUACAAUGCAUUAACUAAUAUUAACAAUGAGCAAUAGCAACGUUUGUUACAGAAGUAAUAAUUCUUAACGUUAGUCAAAAAAUACAACUGUUAGUAAAUGUUAGCUCAGGAAUAUUAAAUAAAAGUUACAACUUUUGGUUUUAAGAAUGUGUUGUUAAAUGUUGAAAUUAACAUUAACUAAGAUUAAUGUUUUAAUGUACAAUGAAAAAGUAUUUUUCAUUGUCAGUGUAUGUUAACUAAUGAAUUAACUAAUGUUGACUAAUGGAGAUUUAAUGUAAAGUGUGACCAAACAAUAAAGAAUCAAAAGAUUUUCAAACAA